AUGAGACUUGAAACUAUUCAUAAUAAAAAAUUUAUGCAUCGAGACUUCCAUAGUGGGAACAUAUUAUGUGAUUCAGGUAGUGGUUAUAGUAAGAAUAAAUAUAAACAUGAUCAAUUGCGAAUUGGAGAUCUAGGAUUAUCACAAGCUGUAAAUAAUAAAUCAUCAAAUAAUGAAAUAUAUGGAGUAAUACCUUAUAUUGCACCGGAAAUAUUUAAAGGAUCCGAAUUUUCUAAAGAAGCUGAUAUUUAUAGUUUUGGUAUGAUUAUGUGGGAACUUACAACAGGUUGUAAACCUUUUAAUAAUGUUAAACAUGAUCAUCAUCUUAUUUAUAAAAUUCUUGAUGGAGAACGACCUAAAAUUACAGAAGAUACACCAGAAUGUUAUGCUAAUUUAAUGAAAAGUUGUUGGGAUGCCGAUCCAAAAAAAAGACCUUCUAUAAAAGAUAUUCGUUUGACUUUUGGUAGGUGGACAUUUAAAAAUGUAAAUGAAGAAGAAUUUGAACAAGCUGAAGCAAAGAGAAAGAAAAUGAUAGAAUCAAAGAAGAUUGGGCCGGAAUUUGCUGAAAAACGACAUUCGGGGGCUAUUUAUACAAGUAGACCAUUAAGUGCUUUAAUUUCUAAAUGUUCAUCUAUCUAUUCAUCUUCAAUUUCAUUUGAUUCCAAUUAUAUCUCAGAAUUAAAGGAUGAUAAAGACACUGAAAGUUUAUCAUCACAAAAUUUAAAUUUUGCAAAUCAAAAAUUUUCAACCUCUCUAAAUUCUAAUUAUAUCUCAGAAGAAUUAAAGUUUGAUAUACUAGACGAUGAAAGUUUAUCAUCACAAGAUUUAAAUUCUACGAUUCAAAAUUUAGAUUCUAAAUAUAUCUCAGCAGAAUUAGAGCUUGAUAUAAACACUGAAGGUUUAUCAUCACAAAAUUCAAGUUCUACAAUUCAAAAUUUUUCAACCUCCUCAAAAAAGAGAAGAAAUAAAGUUGGAACUCAUGACGAGAGUGGAUAUUAUAAAUCAAAUAAUGUUUUCCUGAGAUUUGUUUCUAAUGCUAUUUUAAAAGUUACUUCUUUGGGUAGCAGAAAUAGAGCAAAAUCUUAG